AUGCAUCGAUUGCCGACUUUCUGUGUUGCAGAGGUCCAAGCAACCCCCGAUCUCCAGACCGAGCCCGACUCAGCCCCGGACAUCGAGAAAAACCAAAUAACGAAAACCACCAUAACAAUUCCUUCACCGUCUGCACACAUUCUCCACGACCCACGACCCACGGCUACCGCUGCCUCCAGCUCGGAUAUAUCCUCUGAUGCUCGGCAUUACAUCACGGCGCGGUUUUACCAGCGAGCUAUCAUGUCUUGGCUCGAUAGCUUGGUAUACGGCCUCGAUCGACGGCCGCCGGAGGAAUAA